CGGAAGUUUCGUGGUCGUCCCUCGUGUCUUGACGGUUGACCGAGGUACAUGUCGCAGCAAGAGGGACGAGGAAUAUUUGCUUAUCUUUGGAUACUAAAACCGUGGAUAUUUUUGGACGUCAUGCAAAAAUCUUGAAAUGAGAGUGUGAAAUGUUAUCACCCCCGAAAGUGAGGAUAAUUAUCACCGCCCCGUUGAUGACUACGAGCAGAACGGGUCUGAGGAAUCGCUGCUGCUGCAUUCAUAAACACUUCUUUAGGACUCACUGCAACCCCUGAGCUUUGUUUUGGGCUCCCAACAAAACAACACAUAUAUCCUGUUGUGCACGUCGACAAUGGCUGAAAAGGGUAAAAUGAACGUAGAGCAUCUCGGCGGAGUUGCCAGGCUCCGAGAGGAACACCAGAAGGUGGUGAAAGACUGCGAGAGUCGGAUUCUGCACUGGAAGAAGGUGUCAGGAGACUACGAGGCCCUGAAUGACCGCCUUCAGACUCUUCCAGAUAAGCUGUCUUAUGACAUAAUGGUGCCCUUUGGCCCUUUGGCCUUCAUGCCCGGGAAGCUGGUGCACACAAACGAGGUCACGGCGUUGCUCGGUGACAACUGGUUCGCCAAGUGCUCCACCAAGCAGGCUCAGAAGAUUGUCGAUCACAGGAUGAAAUAUGUGAAGAGUGAAAUCAGUGAUCUUUCAAAGACGAUGAAAAACUUUGAAGCCAGAGCUGGGCUUGUGAAGGAUCUGGAAACCAUCUCCUCCAGUAAAGGGGACUAUGUUGACAUUAGAGAAGACACAGAGAACACCGGUGACAUUGCUGUCACUAAAGGAAAGAAGAGAAUAGCUCACAAACCAAAUUCCAAGCCCAAAUUGGAUGCCGUCUUGGAUCUAAAAGAGGAGGAUGAGGAGAAUGUAGAGGAGGGGAGCAGAAAAUGCACCACGACGGAAGAGGAGUUGUGGGCUAGAUUAGAUGAGCUGGAGAAGCUGGAGGAGUUACAAGAUGAUCACGACAGGUUGUCUUACAAUGCGGACGUGAAUGGGGGGGACACGUCGUCCUCAUCCUCAGAAGAGGAGAAGGAGAGAGAUGCUGCGCCUGCAGUAAAUGGACUCGCUCACAGUGAAGCGCCACCGAGCUCAGGCAGGAAAGCUGAAGAAGAAGACGACGACGAUGAGGAAGAGGAAGGCAGCCGUUUGCCAACCAUCUUUUUCUCGCACACAAUCGAACCCAAGAAGGUGAGGAUAAACACAGGAAAAAACACCAUGUUGAAGUUCAGCGAAAGGAAAGAGCAGAAGGAACACUCAAAGAAGAAAAACAAAAACGGACACAGUAACGGUCACUCCCAUCAGGAACUUCAUAAGAUCACAACGCCAGUGGACAUUUACAGGUUGUUUGUGGACGUGAAGAACGGGGAACCCGUGCCCAGGAAGUCCAUCCUGAAGUCCCGCAGCCGAGAGAACAGCGUGUGCAGCGACACGAGCGAGAGCAGCGCGGCGGACUUCGAGGAGCGCCGCGCCACCGGACGCAGCUUCAGCCACGACGAGACCGCCCACAGCGACACCAGCGACGGCAUCGCGGAGGAGGAGGGUCCCGCGGCGGCUCCGCCGCACCGCGCCAGCCGAUUCGAGGCCUUUUCAGGCACUGUGGUCGAAAAGGAGCCGAUGCCUUCAGCGGUCCCCUACCUGACCAUCACUCCACCAGCACUGCCCACCAUUCUGGAGAGGAAACAGGAGGAGGUGGCCCCCGACGUGGCCCCGCCCCAGCAAGCCCCCAAAAGGGUUUCCAAGUUUAAAGCUGCCAGGUUGCAGCAGAAUUGACUGUGAACAAACAAAUAUCUGUAUUUCACAUGAAAUUCAGGUUAUUGUUUUUUUAAAAGCCUUUUGUUUCUUUUCUACAACUGAUAGAAUGCACACACCGUCGCCUCCUUUCCUUUCCUUCACAAUUCUUUCACUUCUGUCCAUACAGGGUUUCAUUCUGGCCUUCUAGCCCACAAUAACCUUGUGUGUAACACUUGCUUUUUAACAAGCCCCAACACUUUCAAACACAGUCUCUUUUGCUUAUCACUUCUACUGUAUUAACAGCACUUAACAACUUACACAUCUUGCCGUGGGGCUUGUUCAAAUCUAUUGCUGUCUCUUAUUUGUUUUAUUUUAUCAUCGGCUGUUCUGUUGAUCAAAGCUAUUGCCAGUUUAGGUAGGACUGUGCUACUCUUAGGACCAGUUGCUUUGUUUUAUUGCUUUUUCCAAGUGUCGAUCAUUAAACAGAAUCCCUUGCCCGCUAGCACUCAUUUUACUUCCUCUAAACCUGCCUAAUGAAUGUAUGUAUUCCUCUGUGACGAGCUUUAUGUAAAGACAAAAGAAUAUUGAUGUACACUGAAAGAAAAAUAAAUGAUUUUGGCUAUAA